AUGAGCGGCAGCAUUCUUUCGGCAGCGCUGACCGCGCAAUGGAUCUUCAUGAGCGCGGCCGUGAUCGUCUUCAACAAAUACAUAUUAUCGGGCGACACGAACUGGCCCUUUCCGCUCGCGCUGACGGUGUCGCACAUGACGGUCGGGUCGAUCUGCUCGUGGGCCCUCCUCCUCUCCGGCCUCGUCCCGGGGCGAGGGAGCGUCUCCCCGCGCGACUUCGCGACGUCCAUCCUUCCAAUAGCAGGGCUCUUCGCCGUCGUCCUGUGGCUCGGCAACGCCGCGUACCUCUACCUGUCAGUCGCGUUCAUUCAGAUGACAAAAGCAGUCAUGCCCGCUGCGGUGUUUCUCGUCGGCGUCUGCGCCGGCCUGGAGGUGUACUCCGACGCGAAGCUCCGCAUCCUCCUCCUCAUCUGCGCCGGCGUGGUCAUCGCGUCCACCGGGGAGCUCGACGACCGGUUCCAGCUCUUCGGCUUCCUUAUCCAGCUCGCUGCCUGCGUCGCCGAGGCCGUCCGCCUGGCCCUCGUGCAGGUUCUGCUGCAAAGACGCGGCCUGAAGCUCAACGCGGUGGCGACCGUGGCCUACGUGGCCCCCGCGAGCCUCUGCUUCCUCCUCCCGUUCUUUUUCGCGAACGAGUGGAGUCUACUUGCCACUUGGCCGCACAGGAUCGGCUCCGGCGUUUUGCUGCUCAACUGCUUCGCGGCGUUCGGCCUGAAUCUGUCCGUGUUCCUUCUCGUGGGCCGCACGAGUGCUCUCACGAUGAAUCUCGGCGGCAUAGUCAAGGACUGGCUUCUCAUUCUGCUGUCCUGGGCCUGGAUGGGGGCGGCGAUCUCGGGCAUCACCAUGGCAGGGUAUCUCGUGGCCUUCUGCGGCCUCCUCGCGUUCAAUGCCGCGACCGCGUGA